CGUUAAUAUAAAUGUUCCAUCAAACAAACACCCCAGAAUUCUCGUUGCAAUUUACCCAGCCGUUCAGUUAAUAUGCAUAAUAUAUGAGAUUUCCCCGCCCUCGGAGGCACGGCAAGCUUCACGUGGCUAUCAUGCCGUUGAAGCCGGCUUUAAUUGUCAUAAGCUUGCGGAUGGCAGGUUAGCUCUCACCAGCAGCAUGGUAAGCCCCUGGGUAGCAGAUAUAUAUAAGGCUAUAUUCCUAUAGAAUGAGUGAACUUUGAUCUUUGAUCACCUGUUUUAUUGCCAAUAUUCAAAAUGCGGCUUCUUGUUCCGUUCAGCGCGUUGGUUUCCACUGUAUUUGCUGCAUACAAGUGGAACAAUGUAAAAAUUGGAGGUGGUGGAGGCUUUACCCCUGGAAUAGUUUUCAGCCCAAAGACAAAGGGAUUGGCAUAUGCCAGGACAGAUAUUGGUGGACUAUAUCGCCUGAACAGUGAUGAUAGCUGGACAGCUCUCCUGGAUAUUGCUAAUGACGCAACCUGGAACUACUGGGGAGUCAGCGCAGUAGCCGCCGACCCCGUUGACGCGAACACAGUCUAUAUUUCGGUUGGAACGUACACAAACAGCUGGGACCCGAACAAUGGUGCAAUCCUGAAGAGUACUGACAAAGGCACCACGUGGGUUAAAACCGCUCUGCCAUUUAAGCUCGGGGGCAACCAACCUGGUCGUGGAAUGGGCGAGCGUCUCGCCGUGGACCCUAACAACAACAAGAUCGUCUAUUUCGGAGCUCCAAGUGGAAACGGCUUGUACAAAAGUACUGACUCGGGUGCAUCGUUCUCAAAGGUGACGAGUUUCACUGCAGUGGGCACAUUCCGCGAGGACCCAACUGAUACCUCUGGGUAUCAGAGCGAUAUUGUGGGCGUAACGUCUGUUGUCUUCGACACUACCUCUGCCACUCUCAAUGGAGCAACAUCUAGGAUUUAUGUGGCAACUGCAGAUGUGACGGCAUCUGUAUAUGUUUCCACGGAUGCUGGUGCAACAUGGAAAGCAGUUGCUGGCCAACCAACGGGACGUUUCCCUCACCGAGUUAAGCUCUCGGUUUCUGAGAAACUCUUGUACUUUACCUACAGCAACGUAGCUGGCCCGUACGACGCCGGCGACGGGACUGUCUACAAGUACAGCCUCUCAACUGGAGCAUGGACGAAUAUUACGCCCGCGUGGCAAGCUACGAACAGCCUCGUGUUUGGCUACGGUGGCUUAGCUCUUGAUGCCAACAAUCCUGGGACCUUGAUAGUUGCAUCUGAUAAUCUAUGGUGGCCAGAUGCACAACUGUUCCGUUCCACCGAUGCCGGUGCGUCCUGGGUAACUAUCUGGGACUGGAAUGUGAACCACUACACAUAUGAUACCGACAAAGCUCCUUGGAUCAAUGCCUCUCGCACUGAUGAUAAGGCACUCGGGUGGAUGAUCGCAUCGCUGGAGAUCGACCCCUUUGAUUCCAACCAUUGGCUUUAUGGCACAGGCCUGUCUAUUUUCGGUGGUCACGACUUAACUAAGUGGCCAGCUGUUCAUGUCGAGUCACUCGCCGAUGGAUUUGAGGAGACAUCUAUCCAAUCUCUUAUCUGCCCUCCAGGUGGAGCCCCUCUUCUGUCUGGAGUAGGUGAUGUAUGCGGCUUCAGACAUGAGAGCCUCACCGUGUCACCGGCUAUCAAUUUCAUCAAUCCUUAUUACCCAACUACGCCAGACCUUGACUUCGCAGGUCAGAAACCGCUGAGCAUCGUCCGCAUUGGGAACGAUGGCUCAACAGCCGUAAAUCAAAUGGCUUUGUCGACUGACGGGGGUAAAACCUGGAACCCAGCCACAGUUUCUUCAAGCAGCCUCUGUUGCGGCAAGGUUGCAUACAGCGCCGAUGCCUCAUCAAUACUUUGGGCGACUCCUUCUGGAAACUACGUCUUCGUGAAUGGAGUACAGUCAGGCGUUGGAACUCUACCAACAGGACUGCGCAUAGCGUCUGACAAAGUGAACGCGAAGUAUUUCUACGCCGCGGACGGAAAUAGUUUCUAUGUCUCCAAGGACGGCGGCAAAACAUUCGCAAUUUCUGCCGCUAUCUCCAACAAUGGAGUAAACUCUAUCAAGGUCCACCCCGCAGUGGCCGGCGAUGUGUGGCUUUCGACGUCCAGUGGCAUGUAUCACUCCACCGACUUCGGGGUGACAUUCACCAAGAUUGCUUCAGUAUCAGCGAGUUACGCCAUUGCUCUUGGAAAGGGGACAGGCUCCUACCCAAACCUCUACGCCUUCCUGACCACAACCACUUCCGGAAGCAACAUUCUCGCUUUGAGCACAGAUAAGGGUGUUACGUGGACUCAGAUCAAUGAUGCCCAGCACGGAUUCGGUGCCGCCAGUGCGAACUGCUUGGCUGCGAGCUGGGAUACAGUUGGCGAGGUCUUCGUGGGCACGAAUGGAAGGGGAAUAUUCUAUGGGUUACCGGAUGGUGGCAGUACUCCAACUACAACCGCUACAACCGCAAAGACAACCUCCACUACGACUUCCAACCCCACGACCUCUAAGCCAGUGACCACAACGGCUAACCCAACCACUACCAAGACAUCGACCACCACCACUUCGACACCAACUCAGGGCGGGGGAACAAUUCCAAAGUACGGACAAUGCGGAGGAUCAAACUGGACCGGAUCCGGAACCUGUGUAUCAGGAUCCGUCUGCCAAGUCCAAAACCCGUUCUAUUCUCAGUGCUUGUAAAGCUUAAAUUGUGGCAUUCCAAUUACUUGUGCCGCCAUCCUGAAAGGGGCACUGUACAUAGCUAAGAAUUGAUAUCUGCAUUUGAAACCAAU